AUGCUUGAACCUCAGCCGCCUCUCAUUGAUGGAUACAGCGUGGCGGAUGUGCUUCGCAGGCGGAACGGGCACUUACGGCGACGACUUGCGACACAAAAGGACAUCGAACUAGUCUACGCUGUUGACACAGUCGAACAAGCCCAGGAAAUGAUGUACGACGUGGGGACCAGGCCCAUCGCUCGCGGUACAGGCUCGUUAUCUUUUGAUGUAUGUAGAUCUGAUUUGAGUACGUCAUGUACUGUCGAGGCCUUGACACUCAAGACGGCUUUGUGA